AAGCGAAGAGAUACCCAUAGUAGUUAGUACGUAAGAAGGGAGACAAAUAUGGAUGACGCUGAGUUGACUGCUAUCAGACAGGCCAGAUUGGCCGAACUACAAAAAAAUGCUGCUAAUCCUAGCUCAUCAAGUGGAGGGGCAGGAGGUGCUGGAGGCAAUGGAGGUGCAUUAGAUAGUGCUCUUGCCCAAAUAUUAGAACCCAGUGCUCGUGAAAGAUUGAGUCGAGUACGUAUUGUUAGACCAGAAAGAGCACAACAAGUUGAACAGUACAUCUUACAAUUAUACCGUAAUGGAGCCAUUAACAGAAAGUUGACUGAACAGGACAUAGUACAAAUCUUGGAUGGAUUGAGUCGUGACUCUAACCAGAAACAAUCCUCCAAAAUCAUCUUCGAUAGGAAGCCCACUGACCUAGAUAACGACCUUGAGGAUGAUGAUGAUGACUUCUUUGACUAGUUCAUUUCCUGUAUAAUCAAUGUAUAAUUUGAAGACACUACUAUAUAAGUAUAAUUCCAUAGGUAGGCAUCCUGCAUAAUAUAAUAAUAAAUAACAUAACAGACACAAAUACAGGGCCAGUUUUUUGGCAGUGUGCACACGACUCUGUAAACAA